UGGACGUUUGUGUGCAUUAAGUGGGUUGUUGGAUUAAACAGCCAAUUAAUCAGCCUUUAUAAGUUUGAAGUUAAUUUUUUUGGUAAUUAUACUAAUAAAAAAGUGUACAUGUCUGUAUGCAACUCAUUCUGGUUUUGAUAACACUCAUUGUAUUUAAUAAAUUUAGUAAAAAUAAAAGUGAAAACACAACUUUUUAAUCAGAGGACAGAUCACUAUUUAAAAUGGCAUCUUCUGUAGUGUCAGUUCAUAAAAGUUCAGAUUUUGUGAAGGACUUUUCUUGUAAUGUUUGCGAAAAUAAAAAUGUUGAAGUAAGUGCUGAUUUUUAUUGUGAAACUUGUUUGAAGGGUUUUUGCGAAAAAUGCCUGUUUCAUCAUGAUCAAAUAUAUUUUAACCAUUUAAAAUAUGGAAGGGGAGAAACAAAUAAAUGGCCUCUUGCAAAGACAAUGGAGGAUUUGCUACUGAAAUGUGAUGUUCACAGCAACAAGAAACUGAAAAUGUUCUGCCUGGACCACGGUCAGCUGUGCUGUUCUGAUUGUGUUUUACUUAAUCACAGACAGUGUUCCAAUUUAACUCCAAUUUCUGAAUCAGCCAGAAAGCUGUCAGUGGAUAUUGAGCAAUUAUCAAACAAAAUUGAAACAGUUCUUGCUGAACUAAAUAAUUUUAAGAUAACACAAGAGGCCAGCAUUCAGACCGUGGAGGGAUCAUUAAAUGAAAAACUGCAAGAAAUAAGAGAGCUGCGUAAGAAAUUAAAUUCUGCUUUGGAUGAACUAGAAAAUACAACCUUGAAAGAACUGGAUGAAAUUAGAACCACAUUGCAAACCUCUCUCAAGAAACAUGUUGAAUGCUGCAGCAAACUGAAGGAUGAACUGCAACAACUCAAUGAAGCUGUACAAGGCCUUUGUGAUAAGAACAAGAAAGAACUUGAGUUCCUAGCCAGUAGGAAAUGUCUAGAGAAAAUACAAGAGUCUGAGACAUAUCUGAAGGAGAGCCCCGUGAAAAUGCAGAGUUCAAUGAUAUUCCAGGCUAACAUUGACAUUGCGCAGUACUUGUCACAACAGUAUAGUCUAGGGAGGAUUGCAGUCAGUAUGCAGUCCCUCAGUCUUAAGAUGAUUCCAGACCUGGUGUUGACUGUGAAAAGAAAGUCAGAGUAUAAUGUGAAAGUAUUGAGUGACACAAGUCAGACUUGCUCUAUCGUAGGCAUUUGUAGCCUGCCUAGUGGUCAGUUUAUUGCUGUAGAUAUUACUCAUUUUAAAGUGAAACUGUUGGACAAGCACUACAAUGUGAUCAGUGACAUUGUUGUGUCCCGUAGACCAUGGAGCAUUUGCCAAAUCACAUCGAUUGAGGUGGCUGUGAGUCUUGAUCAUCACAGUGUGCAGUUUGUGUCUGUUAUUAAUGGGCAGCUGGUGAAUGGGAGGAAGUUACAGUUGCAACAUGAUGCUAUUGGCAUUGCUCACCAUCAGGGAGCAUUAUAUAUCACCUCUUGCUAUGCUCUCUAUCAUUACACCCUGACUGGGACACUUGUGAAAAAGAUCUAUGAGGAUAUAACAGGUGGCACUACAGUGUGUAGAUGUGCCUUGAGUCCAGCUGGUGACAGGAUCUAUGUCACUAGCCCAGCCCAGCACAAGCUCAUCACUCUGGCCACAGAUGGCAGCCUGAUAUCCACCUUCUCUGACCCUGCACUACCAAGCCCAUGUGGUGUACAUGUCACUCCUGCUGGGCAACUGCUUGUCUGUGUCUCUGUCUGUGGAAAUGGUGCUGUCAUACAGGUGGAUUGUGAGGGCAGAAAGAAACUAGCAACCUUAUAUUCACACAAAGAUGUAAAAAGCUACAUGUAUCCACUAUCUGCCUGCAGCAACACCAUCACUGACCAGAUCAUUGUGGGACUUAGUGAAAACAAUAACAUCAUUGUUAUGGACUUGCAACAGCUUUGAAUGUCACAUUUAGUCCUAGCAGUUAAUAUCUAGGUCAGGAAAUUAUAUUCGUAAAGUUAAUCUUUUAUAUUUAACUAUUAAAUAAAUGUAGUUUAUUUUACACUUAAUGAUGUACAAUCGUUUACAAUUUUAUUGUACUUUUUAUAAACACGUAGACAGACAUAAAAAAAUGCAUGGCAAUAAAGUUAUACUUAUUUUUUUUAAAUAAAUAUUGGUUGAUUGUUGAUAAAAUUGUUUAAUUGCUGCUAAUACGUUCACAUAUAUAAUUUGAAAGUGAAAAUAACUUACAUUAAAAAAAUAUAUGUAUGGUCAAACUUGUUGACGGAGGAAUUAUGAAUUAUUACAAGUCACAAUAGAAAAAUAUAUUUUCAUUAUAAAUAAUCAAAUUGUUGUUUUAAAUGUGACAUGUUUUAAAAUGAUUAGAAAAUGUGAUUUUGCAAAGCCUUUUUCAAUAUUGAAAAAUAAUGUAAAAUGGUACCUGUAUAUUGUUUAUUUUCUCAUAAUUAAGCUGUUUUAUAAAACACUGUAGACAAAAUUAUUGUUCAUGGUGACCUUUCAAUUACUUAUCUUAAUUGUAUGCUUUAUUAAUGCUGAAAUGGUUGCCUUUGCUGAAAUAACAUUUCGAGCAUAUUUGUAUAUAAUAUCAUAAGCAGCGAACAAUAUUUAUCUGUAUUGGAUGUUUAAAUGUUGGACAUUGCAACAGAAUAGCCAAAACAAACAGAUUGAUCAAAUCUUAGUGCCCCUAAAUAUCUAUUCUCUGUGUAUUUUCUGGUGUUCAAUUUGUUUAAUAUAAUAAAAUAAACUUUGCUAAUUUAUUACGUGAAAUAUUUAGUGAUUGUGUAGUAUAUUUAAUGUAGUUUACAAUCUAUGCCUCCUCUGUUUUAUCCAAACAUAAUUCACUGUGACCCCCAUUUUUAUCUCACAUUUUUCACAGAUAUAAACUUACCAAUCAGCAUACAGUAAAUGUUAAAAGUCUGGAUAGUUUGAAAAAAAUGCCUGAAUCAAUCAUACAUAAUUGAAAACAUGCCUUUUUGCAUCAAUAAUCACUAAUUGCUCUAAAUUGCAAUUAAUCUGCAAAAGUCAUUAAGGCCAUGAAUCAGAACAAAUAGAACAAUAGGGCCAAGAUGGCCCUAGUUCGCUCACCUUUUUUUACAAGGCCUUGUUCAUUGCUUAGUUGAAAAUUCAUUACUCUAGAGCAUAUUAGAUUGGUUCUCUUCUGUUUACUUUUGCAGUGUGAGCAUAUGAUUAAUUCUGAUUGAGUACUGUCCAUUUGCUUGGGUUUUUGCAAUGCAAACAUUUGAGAGUAAUGCUAAUUCUACAUGUGUUUACAAGGCUUUUGUAACAUUUUGACCUUGUGACCAAGAUUUUAACCCCACAUGACCCAAUGUCAAACUUUGCCUAGAUAUCAUCAAGAAAAAACAUCCUGGUCCAGUAUCAUCAUUAUUGGACCUAAACUAUGACCUCUAGUGUGUUUACAAGGUUUUUGUAAGAUGAAAACUAUGACCUAGAUUUUGUCAUUACAAAACGUCAAACUUGAUCUAGAUAUUAUCCAGACAAACAUCAUGGUCAAGUGUCAUCAUUAUUGAACCAAAACUCUGGCGUAUGGAGUGUUUACGAGGUUUUUGUAAGAUUUGUCCUGGUGACCUAUAUUUUGACCCCUCAUGACCAAACAUCAGAUUUUGCUUACAAAAAUAAAUAUUAUAACCAAGAUUCAUAAAAUCUGAAGCAAAAUUGUGACCUCUAGAGUGUUUACAAAGAUUUUGUAUACUAUAAUGAAAAUUGUGACAAUGUAAGGGCAAUAAUUUAGGCAUUUACUAUGCGAUUUUGCUCAUUAUCAAACUUGACUGAGAUCUUGUGGCCAUAUAGCUUCUCAGCAUUUUUGAUAAAAAAUGCUUGAGAAAUGUGAAUGCUAGAGUGUUUACAAACCAAAUGUGAAAGGACAGCUGGAUGACAGACAAAGACCGAUCCUAAAACCUCACCUGAGCAUUUAGGUGAGCUAAAAAGUGUUUUUUUUCACUAAUCUAAGCCAUUUUCCAACUUGUCCAAGAUAUCAAUAAAACCAAUGUCUUGACUAAGUUUCACGAUGAUUAGGCAAUAAAUGUUACUUCUAGAGUGUUCACAAGGUUCCUCUAUAGUCAUAUAAAGAAAACUGCCCCACCCCCUCUGGUGGCAAUGUUUUUAGACCGAUCGGGACCAUUUUCGAACUCAUCUUAGAUAUAAAUAAAACCGAUGUUUUCACCAAGUUUCAUGAUUGGGCAAAAAAUGUGACUUCUUGAGUGUUCACAAAGUUUUUUUACUAUACAUGUAUAAAUACUGUAUAAGGACAAUGGGCCACACCCCUCUGGCAGCCAUGUUUUUCAACAGACCGGAACCAUUUUCGAGCUCAACUCUCGUAUCUAGUAAACAAAUGUUCUGACCAAAUUUCUUGAACAUUGGGCCAAAAAUGUGACUUCUAGAGUGUUCACAUGCUUUUACUAUAUACAUAUAGAGAAAACUGCCCCGCCCACUGGCGGCUAUGUUUUUUCACCGAUCUGGACCGUUUUCAAACUCUUCCGAGAUAUCAAUAAAACCAAGGUUUUGACCAAGUUUCAUGACAAUGGGCAAAAAUUGUGACUUCUAGUGUGUUCACAAGGUUUCUCUAUAGCCAAAUAAGGAAAAUUUCCCCGCCCACUGGUGGCCAUGUUUUUCAACAGACCAGAACCACUUUUGAUCUCAACCAACAUAUCAUUAAGACAACAUUUUUGCAAAGUUACAUGAAGCUUGGGCAUAAAAUGUGACUUCUACAUUGUUUAUAAGGUUGUUUUUUUAUUUGACCUAAUGACCUAGUUUUUGACCCAGCAUGACCCAGUUUCCAACUCGUUCGUGGUAUCAUUGGGACAAAUUUUCCCACCAAGUUUCAUGAAGAUGGGAUAAGAAAUGUGGCCUCUAGAGUGUUUACAAAGUUCUUCUAUAGUCAAAUAAGGAAAACUGCCCCCUCCCACUGGCGGCCAUGUUUUUCAACGGACCAGAACUACUGUUGAACUCAACAAACAUAUCAUUUAAACAUACACUUUGACAUAGUAUCAUGAAGAUUGGGCAUGAAAUGUGACUUCUACACUGUUUACAAGGUUUUUUGACCUAGUGACCUAGUUUUUGACCCAACAUGACCCAGUUUCAAACUCAAUCAACGUAUCAUUGGGACAAAUCUUUGGACCAAGUUUCAUGAAGAUUGGACAAGAAAUGUAGCCUCUAGAGUGUUUACAAGGUUUCUCUAUAGCCAAAUAAGGAAAACUGCUCCACCCACUGGCAGCCAUGUUUUUCAACGGACCGGUACCACUUUUGAUUUCAACCAACAUAUCAUUAAGACAACAUUUUUACAAAGUUACAUGAAGAUUAGGCAUAAAAUGUCUGACUAAUGGGAUUGCAUGUUAACCCUCGGGACUUCGGUUAAAAACCAUUGCCCGAAGACACUGCUUAACAUAAAACUCUGCAUAAAAAGGUCGAAAACGGCCAUAAAAUGGACAGCCCGAUUUGACUGGGCUGUACCAUUGAUAUAAAUAGAAAACUUUGCAGUGUUGGUGCGGUGCCUUAAUAAAAAUCUAUUGGUUUAAAAAUAUCUAUCCUUAUUUAGGAAGCGUUAAAAACGCAGUACUUUACACUGGCUGGGCCUAACGCUGUUAAAAAGCGGCGUUUUUAUUGGUUGAUACACUUUUAAAAGGAUGGCACUGAUUGGCCGAAAUUUCUUAUUAAGGAUUGCAAGUAGGUCAAUCCGUUUAUAAAUAGAAUUUUCCCACGGUGGACGUUGUACUUUUACAAAAAGUAAACAAUAAUAGUUUCUAUGCUGAAAAUAUAAAUGAAAGAAAAGGAUGAAUAAUCCAAAAGAACUUGGACUUGUUUUAUAGUUAUAAAUUACUAUGUUUAUGUUAUGUUAGUGUUCUUCUUAUUAAUUAUUAUUAUUUAUGUUAUGUUGUUAUUGUAUGUUAUUGUUUGUUAUGUUUUUUAAGGAGAGAGAGAAAGAAUAGCCCAAUUUUUAUAAGUAAAGAUGGUGAAAACACACAUACUGUUGUAUGUGGCAUCAUCAUUACUAGACCCACUGUUCAGUAUAUACUGCAAUGGGUUUGUUUGAGUCUUUAGACUUUGUGA